AUGACCGCCCUCGACGAGUGUCACGCUCGCGGUUUCCUCUACAAAGCGAUAGGUGGAUGCAACGACAUCAAACGAGAAGUGAACAGAUGCUUGUCUGGCGAAAGGACGAAGAACAGUAGCAAGAACAGAGAGUCCGCCCUGGAGCGAAGGAAGAGAAUAGAGGCGAUUUGGGAAAAGAUGGACGAAGGAGACUAUUCUGCGCUGGAGGCAUUUACGAAACGCAAAUAA